UGACCCUUCGCGGUCUACAGCACCCUUUAAAAUACACCUAAAUUGUCAGAUCAACAACCCACCUAUAUUGCCAAACAUGUUCUAAAUAUUGGCAUGCUGAAUAUCCCCUACAGGAUCUUCGGAAGGCAACCGCGAAAUCUACUUAUGGUUUGACCGCAGCAUGGCAAAACAGUUUUCACAACGGAUAAACACGACGGCGCCAGUAGCUGUCUAGAUCGUGUGCAGAAGAGGAGCCUUCAACAUGAUAGGAGCUUCUGAUGAUACCGGCGAAGAAUCACGGGGACGAUCGUCGCGAUCCUCGGGGCACCGGGGCCGUCAAGACUCUGAGGGGCAAUUCCAGGAUGAAACCCGUCAACGUGCACAGCCAACCGAUGACACGUUUGGAUCAACACCUGCCAUGCACCCUCUGCCAUCGUCUGCCUCUAAUUAUUUCGCUGCGGGGGACCCUCCGACUGAGCCAAUUUUGUCCCCGCUCCACAACUACGUACCAAAACAUGUCGAAGAUGCAAGUCAGCCUUCAUCUACCAAAUCUGCCCAGGACAGUGGAUUGCAUGACCAGCCAGCGAUUUCGGGCUCUUCCCAAAGUUCCGCUGGUCCCAGCAUUGAUCAAAAGAAGGGUAAAGGCGCGGUGCAUAAAAAAGCGAGCGACCAGGGGGGUUGUAAGAUGCACAAAUUCACAGUAUACGAAACAGCGACGAGGUACUUCAUCGUGGGCGCCGACAUCAUGGACCAGAGAUUCCGGAUUCUAAAAAUUGACCGUAAUUCGGACGUUGGGAACCUAAGCGUAGCUGAGGAUGACAUGGUGUACACGAAAAAAGAGAUGAGCGAAUUAUUAAGUGCCGUGGGCGACGGCAAUAAAAGCACUGGGGGGAUGAAGCUCAAAUGCAGCACAUGGGGCCUUCUCGGUUUUGUUCGAUUCACCGGGACUUAUUAUAUGCUUUUGAUUACCAAGAGAAGCCAAGUAGCCAUGAUUGGGGGGCAUUAUGUCUACCAAAUAGAUGGGACGGAACUUGUGCCUCUCGUCACUUCGCAGAAUUCCAGAUUCAAACCAGAUUCUCGAAACGCAGAGGAGACAAGAUUUUUGGGGAUUUUGAAUAAUCUUGACUUGUCCCGUUCGUUUUACUUCAGUUAUUCAUACGAUAUAACGCACACACUCCAACACAAUAUCCUAAAGGAACGCGCCGCCAUGACUCAAAACCUUCCUCGCCCAUACCCGCCUGAAUACAAUGACAUGUUUGUCUGGAACAACUACUUGUUGAGGCCUGCUACAGUGGCACUGAAGAACACCUACGACUGGUGUCUUCCAAUAAUCCAUGGCUACAUGGAUCAAGCAGCCCUUUCAAUAUACGGCCGGACCGUGCAUAUUACAAUCAUUGCAAGAAGAUCGCGAUUCUUUGCCGGGGCCAGAUUCCUUAAACGCGGGGCAAAUGAUCUGGGCUACGUUGCCAACGAUGUCGAAACUGAGCAAAUAGUUGCUGAGGGCCUGACCACUUCGUUCCAUGCGCCGGGUCCCAAACUCUUUGCCAGUCCAAACUAUACGUCAUACGUUCAACAUCGAGGAAGCAUACCCCUAUACUGGACUCAGGAUAAUACUGGAGUGACACCAAAGCCACCCAUCGAACUGAAUCUGGUAGACCCGUUCUACAGUGCGGCAGCCCUUCAUUUUGACAACUUGUUUCAGCGAUACGGCGCCCCAAUUUACGUCCUUAACCUCGUGAAGUCUCGUGAGAGGAUUCCUCGCGAGUCGAAGUUAUUGCAUGAGUUCACAAGUGCCAUAAAAUAUUUAAAUCAGUCCCUGCCGGAGGGUAAAAAAAUCAUACACAAGGCAUGGGAUAUGAGCCGAGCGUCUAAAAGCCGUGACCAAGAUGUUAUUGGGACACUUGAAGCUAUCGCGGAGGAAGUUGUUACCACUACCGGUCUAUUUCGGAAUGGAGACGGCAAGACCACUCUCCCUACAGUGCAGAACGGGGUUGCAAGAACUAACUGCAUCGAUUGUCUUGAUCGCACCAACGCAGCCCAGUUUGUUAUUGGAAAGCGAGCCCUAGGAUAUCAGCUGCACGCAUUGGGAAUCAUUGCUGGGACCUCUAUUGAUUAUGAUACGGACGCUGUCAAUCUCUUUACCCAUAUGUAUCAUGAUCAUGGCGACACCAUUGCCGUUCAAUAUGGAGGCUCUCAACUCGUCAAUACUAUGGAAACAUAUCGUAAAAUAAACCAGUGGACAAGUCACUCUAGGGAUAUGGUGGAAAGUUUCAAGAGGUACUAUAACAACUCUUUUCUCGACGGUCAGCGGCAAGAAGCAUACAACCUCUUCCUCGGCAAUUACAUUUUUACCCAAGGGCAACCCAUGCUUUGGGAUCUAGUAACCGAUUACUACCUGCACCAUGCUGAUCCAAGAGCUUGGUCUGGGAAACAACGUCGCAACUAUAUCUCCUGGUACACCCCGGAAUAUCUGGCCGAGAGGAAGAUGCCAACUGAUGCGCUAUUAUUAACAUCGAGAACCACUGACGAAACACUCUAUAAUUUUGACGAUUACUGGCUCGAAUAUUAUAAACCUCUCGCACUUUCCUCAUUCUUGAAAAUAUUUUCUUAUAAUAUGAAUUCGACUGUACGCUACAUACCCGUUAGGUUUGCCCAAGAAGGGAGGUAUGACCUGAGUCCAUUCAGAGUUCGAACAGAGAUAAAUCAAGAAGUGCCGGACAAAAAAGCGGUAAAAUACCGAGCUGCCAAUUUAGAUCCUCAGGACAAGCACGACGAUGACACCUCUGUCAGCCGGGGAGCCACAAAAAGAACGCCAAGGCAACGCUGGCUUCAGCCUAUCGACGAGAAAGCCUCCAUGAGCCAUGGAACUGUGAUGGAGCCUCGGUCUACAAAUAUCCACUUAUUACAAUCAAACCAGAAGCUGCCAGCGCUUGAUUUAUCCAAAACGGCCCCGCUGACUUUCAAGCAAGUCGUCCAGGAUUCCCUGAAUCCAUUUGUCACGGAUCAGGAAGCGGAAGAUUAUGCGCGGUACAUUAAUCACCCGCAGACAUUACCACUUGUCGUUUCAACUGAAACGCCAGCAGAUAUUGAUGUCGAAUAUCUGGAUUAUGUAAGUGGCGCGUGGCAAGAAUCGAACUCUCUUUCGUAUACCCUUGAGGAGGAUUUAAGAGACUUUUCCGACUUUCUAACCGUCCCCGACAAUCCUCUCACAGUCACCAACGAGGAUGCCCAGAAGAAGAGGUAUAAAGCAUACCGUAAAUGGCAUAACGGGAAAUCAUUGUUUAAGCAGCAACCUAUUGACUGAAUGUAUCCAUAUCAUGUGUUGGACGUUGGUAACAAAACCAAUAGAUUUUGAGUCCUUCUAACGGUAGCUGGAAUCUUGGGCCUUGCGUCGGAAUACACCUUAUGUGCUUGAAAGCUCACAUGAGGACACGGCCUAUGGGCAAGUCUGCGAUAUUCAUUGCAUUCAACUUGUACCUAUCUGCAACGAAGGUCUAGGCGGUAUUUAUAGGCCAAUAUUGAGUAUAUAAUACGUUCUAUUCUAUUCGAGUUUGAAUAAAUUCGAAAGGUCAGGGUAGACUUUGACUACAUCUGUAAGGGCCGUUUCUUGGCCAGCUGCUCCUACAGUGGACUUGAAAAGCAAAGCGGCCGAAAUUUGCAGCUCCUGCUUGAGUUGACCAAGUUCGUGUUUGACAUUUUCACUCGCACUGUUCAUAAUCUCUUCGGUUAGAUUUAUCCAGCAAAUGGACAGCGCUUUGACAAUCUGAACGCGAUGAUGUUCCUCCGAGAGUAUUGGCCAGCAAUUGAGGAUUGUGGUCUGAACAGUCUUUAUUCCUCGUAGAAGAAGGGCAGGGUUAGAAGGCGCGAAUGGAUCCACCAGGACAGCCGAAAGUAAUGGCAGGAUAUCCUGCAUGAACAUUAGUUUGUUUACUCAAGCAACUUGAAAUCUUGCAAACCUUGGCAUGUUUGACGGAGUAAAUGUGAAGGCGGUUUAUUAUUUCGCUCAUUUCAGCCAGUAAUAGCUCC